AUGUGUGCUCUCUAUGAACCGCUCCACAUCUCCGUGAUCAACGAACUCCAAGACGUUGAUAUGGAGUCCGAGAUGGUGUCUGAGCUUAUGCACGAGCCGCUCACUAUCAGACUCCCGGCAAAUAGAGCAAAGCGGCGUGCAGAUACAGAUGCGAGGGAUGUAGAUGGUGGGUAUGGGUCAACGAGUGGGUCCGUUUCCUCACCACUUCAUCCCUUGGCGUCGCCCAUCACACCUCCACGAUCUUCGGGGUCAAGUCCAACUUCCGAGAAUAAUUACAGCACAUCACCUAGUCCCAAUCGCCGGAUAUCCUCGUCUCCACGGAGUGUCCGCCGUGGACGGUCAUCUGGAGCUUCCCAGCCACCUCGUCUUCGCGAGAUUUAUCAGAGUGUCAGCUGCAUGUCCGGCUAUGCAGGCUAUAGCUUUGAGGAAAUUCGCGUUGGAAACUACAUAGCGAGUUACAUGGCGAAGAAUCAGCCACCCCAACCUGUGGCGGAAGGCGCACGCAGUUGCAGUAUUUUAGAGCCAAUUUUUCGACCGUCUGUGCUGGAUGUGCAGCAUGACAAGGAUCCGGAUGCCACAAUGUCUAUGUCGGACUCGCAGCCCGCAUUCACCUUCACAUUCUCAGUGUGA